CCUGUGUUUAAUUCCACCUUAAAAGAAAGGCACCAUUUUCCCAUCGUCCGGCGCUGCCGCGUGUACCCGGCGGCGGGGGCCUCGAUUAAUCCGCCCGUGUCGGCGUUCCACCUGCAGCUUGACGCCAUGAUGGCGGUGCUGAACGCGUCGGACGAGGUGGAGCAGCUGGUGCUGAGGAACACGGGCCUGACCGACGACCUGCUGUGGAACCUGGUGGAGGUGCUGAAGAGGAGCCCCUCCGAGGUCACCCUGCUCAACCUCAACCUCAACCGCAUCGGCCCGUUCGGAGCCCACGUCCUACUGGACCUGGUCAGAGCCAAGCCCCAGGUCCAAGGGAUACACAUAUUCGGAAACAAACUGCGCGACUACGGCGUCCAAAUCCUGGUGAACGGGAUAGUGGAGCUGCAGGAGCAGACGGCCAGCGAAGCAGUCCUCCAAGACAGCAUGCUCCUCCAGUCAGACCAGCUCCUCCAGUCAGACCAGGACCUCCAAUACACCAUGCCCCUGCAGUCAGAGCAGCACCUCCAACAAGCCAUGCUCCCUCAAUCAGAGCAGCUCUUCCAAUCAGAGCAGCACCUCCAACACACCGUGCCCCUUCAGUCAGAGCAGCACCUCCAACAAGCCAUGGCCCUUCAGUCAGAGAAUCCCCUCCAGUCAGAGCAGCACCUCCAACACACCGUGCCCCUUCAGUCCGAGCAGCAGGUGAACCCGGACCUCCUCGUCAGCCUGAGCGCUACGUGGGGCUCUCUCAGCAUCUUCACCCUGCUGGAGCUUGACAUCGGUGGGAACGGCCUCGCCAGCGACGGGCUGCGGCUGCUGGCGGCGUACAUGAGACACUACUCCUCCCUGCAGUACCUGGGCCUGGCGCAGACCAGCGGGGCUGACCUCGCCGCGUGGAAGGAGCUGUUUGACAGCCUCAAGGAGAACAGCUCGCUCACUCACAUCGUCCUGGACGAGAGCAGCCUGGGGGACCCGGGGGUGCGGAUGCUGGCCGACGUGCUGCGGGUCAGCGUCAGCCUCCGGCAGGUGGACCUGGACAGGAAUGGCAUCAGUGACGUGGGAGGGAACGACCUCAUGGGGGCGUUGCUCUGCAGGACUCAGUGUCCACUGAGCCAUCUGAGCCUUCAGGAGAAUGACAUCAGCCCGGGACUCAUGAGACGCAUACAGGAGGAGGUGAAGAAUACCUGACACCAAACGACUCAACGAUGACGAGUAACAUGCAGUUAAAGGUGCUGCAGAAAAGGUUUUUGAGUGACAGUAGAUAAUAUUUGCCACCCUCUCUGCUCCCUCCCGCCCUGUGUUUCUCUGUCAUUGGGAAGGGAUGCAUUCACUCCCCUUUGAUUGACAGGCAAAAUGUUUUUCCUGAACCAAUCAAGGAAGAGCUGUCCUCCGAAUCGGUUCCAUACAGAUGCAGGUGCAGUUAACCAGAGAAGAUAUUUCACAGGGCAUUCAACCGCUGCCUUUAUAACUAAUUAAAAUCAAAUGAUGGUUCUUAAAUAACGCCUGCAGUACCUUUAAAUGUAAAUGAAUGUACUGCAAUACACAUUGUUCAAAGAGUAUUCAUAUCUUCACAUUAAUCCCCAAAAUCAAAUAUGCUGCAGUGAUCCGAUGUAAAAUAAAUACCUGAAUCUCCUGCUUCUAGGCCACGGGUUCUCAUAGCGCCCCUGAUCCCCGGAUACUAAUCCGGGAUAAGCCCCUCAAACCAGAGAAACCAGAUCAUUCAUCAAGUAUGACAGGACGUCUUAGGGGAUGUGUCCCACAACCUAUACCCAGGUCCUCAGUUCCCCCACUUGGCAGGGCCGUGAAAAGACCCAGUUCAUGACAGUGGCCGCCUCUAACAACCCGGUGAAUGUUCUUUUUCACAAAUUACCACGUCUCAGACCGGAAAAACAUUAGUACGAUUUGUUGUUCAGAAAGUGCCAGGAAAGAAUUCAGCUGGCGCUUGUCUUGGUCCUCCUUGACUAGAAUGCUGCCAGUUACAACCCGCCAGUCUGUUCUGAGGCUCUCAGCAUCGGCUCAAGUGGAGCCCACAGGAAAACACAGAUCUCCUGCUGCUUCCUCUGCAUGCCCAGCCCAGGACGUACAGCGUCCUGUAGGGUAGAGCCAGGCCUCAUUCAGACAAUGUUUGAAUUAGACUCAAUUGCAGUCUGGAUAGGCUUGAAGAGAGCACUCCUAUUUAGAUGUGAUUCUGGUUGAAUGCAGCUUCUUCAUUCCUCUUAUUCCUCCUGCUUCUUGCAGGAGGACAAGGAAUUGAUUGAUUUCAAUCAUUUGAUUUUCACAAGUUCACUGUAGUAAUAAGACCUCCGAUCUGAGAUCAGUCCCCUGUCUGGUGAUCUGUAGUCAACACACCGCCGUUCCAGUCAGAGGUGUGGAGAAACUAGGGCAACUACACACGCACAACUACACACACACAACUACACACACACAACUACACGACGCCCUCGGGUCGUUGUUCUUUCAACGACGACAAUUUGAUAAUAACCUUACGUGUGAUCAAAGCUUGUCAUGGCAGGAAAGAUCCCCACCGAAUGCUCAGAAGGCUGCCAAUAAGGACUCUGCUGAAACCUAUCCUUCCACGUUUCAUCUCCAGUCUCAUGGAUUAACUCCCCCAGUGAUAACAGUCCUCUGGAACAGCUUUGCCCCGGAUGACAGACAAAUUAGUCUGGCGCACCUGAGGAUUACAAAACCCAGUCGCCGUUUCAGCGGCUAAAAUAUUAAACUCUGCAGUGUACCAUAGACCUAAUUCACCUAGAACGUUCAUAAGUAGAAAGUUAUAUGCUAACCCUUACCCUCUUAUCCUAGCUAUCUUUGUUGUAUACAGGGAAUGGGUUAACCUAACAAUUGUUAGUGCUUGCCACUUGGUUCUAUCAACAUUCUGACUAUACCAACAGCGGUAUAUUGUUGUUCCUCCUUCUUCUGACAAAAGCACUUAUUGUAAAUUGCAUUGGAUAAAAACAUCUGCUGAAUUUCCUAAAUGUAAAUGUAAAUGUAAGUAACAUUUAGAUGGUUUGAUUGGGUUGUCAUGGUUUCCCCAAAAAUUCUGCAAAGUUUCCCCAACCAACCAACCAAUAUGGCCACUAGGGCAUAAGGGCCCUUUCCUACCAACAGAUGCAUGCAUGUGAUACAGUGCAGUUGUGGUCAUGCAGGCUGAUUCAGCCCUAUUCUGAUUAUUCGGGAACUUCAUUAACUCCCAUUGAUACUGAGAGUCGUCCGUUUACACCUGGACAUGGUGUGUAUCGAUAGCCUGCUGUCUUUCACUGCCUCCUGCGGCUCAGUGCAUCUUUUGUCUCUGGGACAACGUGACCUUAGAAUACCCUGAAAUGAACACUUCCCUGAAAAAAAUCCAGAAGCUAUUGCCACAAUGUUACCUGUUCCUUCUCGCUUUUAGAAUAAACACAGACAAAUGUUUAAGUGAA